AUUUAUGAAGGAGAGAGGACUCAGCCAAUACCACCAGAUUAUACGUACUUCAUUAAUAAUACUCAAUUCAUGCAUUUAGCUAUCACUCCAACUCCUACUAUUAUAUCAAUCGCUUCAUCAGUCAUUACUAUGACAAAUUCAUCAACAAUUUCUUAUUUUACUGAGACAACUACGAUGACUACUGCAAUGACUAAUGGAGGAAAUACUGGAGUGAUAGUUGGCCUAAGUGUAGCUCUUAUUAUAUUAUUAAUACUGGCUAUAUCUAUAAUUAUUAUACUGGUAAUGAUUAUGCACAUAAAAAGAACUAAUAUUAAUCAGAAAAGAAAAUCAGAUGAUGACAUUGUAGUGGAGUGCAGUCCAGCUUAUGCUACACCUGAAUUUAAAACAAAUACUGCUGAUGAUAUACUAAUGAAGGAUAGUCCAGCAUACAGUACAGUACAACAAACACAGUCAGCAAUUAUUAUUAUUAUUAUUUAA